AUGUUCAUGAGAAGGCAGAUGAUGACAGUGGCCCUCGAAGUCUAACACACUGUUGUCAUACCCCAGGAGGGUGAGGAGGGGGCUGUAGGGGCCAUGGCAGCCUCUCCGCUGGGGGAUCCGGCCCCCUCUCUGGGGCCCCUGGAUACCCUUCUCCCUGAGGACGUGGAGGCCAUGGAGAGACUGAGACAGAGGCUGCAGACACACUGGGGACUACUGCAGACCACAGGUGAACAGAUGAUCACAGCCUCUAGGGGAACCUGAUCAGUAACUCCAAUGGAUAAUAGAAAUGUAGAAAACUGUAAUAGUCCUUUGUAUUGAACCUCAAGAAGAGACUCUGAUCACUGAUCGUUAAUGUAUUUAUGUCCUUUUUAAAGCUGCUCUGGGGAAAGAGGCAGAGGGAAAAAAAGGAAAGAACCUGGACUAA